GAGAGAGAGAGGGUUAGAGACAUAGGGUAACAUAUGUGUAAGAGGUUCAGAUACUGGGCCCUGCCCUCCACAUUCCUGGCGCUCCAGACCUUCCUGGUUUCCGUGGCUCACGGAUGUGAGAGAUUAAGGAUGAAUCAUCAUAUUCAUCAUCUUCAACCAUCAUUCCAGAAGGAACCGUGCAACUCUGGGAAGUUUACCAUCACAGUAGCGUCUUAACGUGCUUCUGUUGUCCACACUGCAGAGGGGUCGUAGUAUCCCCUGAAGCUGCCCGUGUUGAGUCACCGGGCUGCUGUUUCAAUGAUAUGUCGAUUAAUAAUAAGAUAUAAUUAUAGAGGUACAACUGGAAAAGGAAAGCACUGCUCCAGGUUGUAAGGUAGAAAGUAUUUCUCUUCGAAUCACCCCUUCCAGUAAAAUCAUAUCCAGUUAUAUUUAGCUAUUUGUCCCGAUACAAGUUUAUAUGACAGGGGUUAUUCUAAACAAACACUGGAGGGCUGAUGUUAAUCUCUGGAGCCGGAGGAGGGUCUGGAUACAGUGUCCAGCCACGGCCAGGGUGAGUUGUUAUGACGACACAGUGAUGCAGGCGUGGGAUAAACGUAUAAAAGCAGCCUCUCCCGCUACGCUCAGCACUGCAGCCUCCAUCGCAUCGCAGAGAUCGGCCCGGAGCAAAGCAAGGAGAGACAGUGGGACGAGGCAGGUUGAGCUGAACAAGCCUCCGAUGCCCCUCAACGCCUCGGCCUGGCCGGCCCUCGGGGCCCCCAGCGACGCCCUCGACGCCCCCGGCGACGCCCUGGGGGGCCCCUGGGAGCUGCUGGAGGACUGCCGGUCCAACAGCACGGAGGCCUGGCUGUGGCUGUCCGCCCUGCAGCCCUCCUACCUGGCCCUGGUGAGCGCGCUGGGCGUGGUGGGCAACAGCCUGGUGCUCUGCGUCUUCCUCCUCCAGAGGAAGCCCUGCACCGUGGCCGACAUCUACCUGGGCAACCUGGCGCUGGCCGACCUGGUGAUGUCGUCCUGCCUGCCCUUCUGGGCCGUGAACGUCGCGCGCCACUACCAGUGGCCCUUCGGCCAGGCGCUGUGCAAGGCAGUGAACGUGGCCAUCGCCAUGAACUACCUGUGCUCCGUGCUGUUCCUGGUGCUGGUGAGCGUGGACCGCUACCUGGCCCUGGUGCGGCCCCUGAGGCCCAGCAGGCUGCGCAGGGCCGGCUGGGCCAAGAGGCUCUGCCUGGGGGUGUGGCUGCAGGGCCUGCUGCUGAGCCUGCCCGUCCUGCUGUUCCGCAACGUGCGCUUCGUGGCGGACGCGGGGGUGGAGGCCUGCAUCCUGGACUACCCCCACCCGGCCUGGGUGCUGCAGUACAACGUCACCCUCAACGUGCUGGGCUUCGUGCUGCCCGUGAUGGCCGUGAGCUACUGCAGCUGGCACAUCGUGGGGGCGCUCCGGGAGAGCCGGGCGCGCCGGCUCCCCGGGGCGCGGGCCGAGACCCGGUCCACCCAGCUGGUGCUGGCCGUCCUGGCCGUGUUCCUGGCGUGCUGGACGCCCCACCAGGUGGGGCGCUUCCUGGACACGCUGGACUACUUCGGGCUCACCCCGUGGUGCCUCUGGGGGAAGGUGCUGGACAUCGGGCUAGAGCUGUCAUCCUACCUGGCGUACAGCAACAGCGCCAUCAACCCCUUCCUGUUCGUGAUCCUGGGCCGGAGCUUCAGGCGCAGGGCGCUGGAGGUGUUCCGAGCGGCGUGGGCACGCCGGUCCACGUCCCGGGACGGGCACUCUGUGGUCAGCUGGGCAGCCGUGAAGAGAGCCAACGACGGGCGACAGGUUCAUCACAACCACGAACCCAAAGGCACACCCAGCUGUUUGACCCCCUGUCCAACUACCGGAGCAACGCUGCAGAGCUGUACCGAUAAAGGGAUGGGAUGGAUACCGGGAGGAUUCAGAACCGACUCAUCAGCCUGACCGGUGUUGGGGCCAGAGACUAAAGACACCAACCACACUGUUACGCACCUGAGUCGUUGUGUAAUCAGUAGUGAACAACAAUGUUACAGACGACUGGUUGUGUAUUCAGAAGUGAACCACAAUCUUACAGACUACUGGUUGUUUAUUCAGAAGUGAACCAGAAGGGCUAACUGCAUAUGCUAUUGUUUGCAGGACUAAGAGAUAGUUAGGGUUAAUGUUAUUAUCGUGGCCAUCUGUCGACUCCACUUAGCCAUGUCCGUGAUGAGUCUGGUUUGUAUUAUGUAGAGUGAGCAGGACUCGUCUUGUAUCUGAUAAUGAAUCCCAAAGGGAUGUGGGGAAGAGGUUAGCAUGAGGGCUAAUGACCACACCUGGCCAAUAAAUGAGUGUUGAACUGUGA